UCUGAUGCGCGCAGAGAGACGACACACACAGGACCGGACGGACAAGCACCACAGCAACCGGAAUGCACACAAAAUGAUGCGUCCACGAGCUGUGACAAGCCGCUUCGUGUGAGGAAAAAAAAAAAAAACAGAGAGACAGCAAACGGCAACACCGGAAGCUCCCCCCCCCCUUGUCCAGACUGAGGCGCUUUCGCAAGGCAGUUUGCAUUUUUGCCGCAGAUAUCAUCCCCGCCGAUGCGCUUCAGCUGUGCAUGAAUCCUCCCGUUUGGUUUGCAGGUCCAGGACAAAACCGGGCGGCGUUGACGACUCUGUGCGGUUGAUACUGUUUGUGAGUGCACCCUUCAUCUGCGUCUCCGCACACCCCCUUGGCACCUCCUUCAGGAUGGCGUUAACGAUCUGCACGAGAUUUACCGACGAAUAUCAGCUGUUCGAGGAGCUGGGAAAGGGUGCAUUCUCUGUGGUCAGGAGGUGCGUGAAGAUCUCCUCUGGACAGGAGUAUGCUGCCAAAAUCAUCAACACCAAGAAGCUUUCUGCCAGAGAUCAUCAAAAGCUGGAGAGAGAGGCGAGGAUUUGUCGUUUACUGAAGCACCCCAACAUCGUACGACUCCAUGACAGCAUAUCAGAGGAGGGCUUCCACUAUCUGGUGUUUGAUCUGGUGACAGGAGGGGAGCUGUUUGAGGACAUCGUAGCCAGGGAGUACUACAGUGAGGCUGAUGCCAGCCACUGCAUACAGCAGAUCCUCGAGAGUGUCCAACACUGCCAUGUUAACGGGAUUGUCCACAGGGAUCUAAAGCCUGAGAACCUUCUAUUGGCCAGUAAGCUGAAGGGGGCGGCGGUCAAGUUGGCUGACUUUGGGCUUGCUAUCGAGGUGCAGGGGGACCAGCAGGCAUGGUUUGGUUUUGCCGGCACUCCGGGUUACUUGUCCCCAGAAGUUUUGAGGAAAGACCCAUAUGGGAAACCGGUGGACAUGUGGGCUUGUGGUGUGAUUUUAUACAUCCUGCUGGUGGGCUACCCUCCUUUCUGGGAUGAGGACCAGCACCGCCUUUACCAACAAAUCAAGGCUGGGGCCUAUGAUUUCCCAUCCCCAGAGUGGGACACUGUUACUCCUGAGGCCAAAGAUCUGAUCAACAAGAUGCUGACCAUCAACCCCAGUAAACGCAUCACUGCCGCAGAGGCGCUUAAACAUCCUUGGAUCUGCCAACGGUCCACUGUAGCUUCCAUGAUGCACAGGCAGGAGACUGUGGAGUGCCUGAAGAAAUUCAACGCCAGGAGGAAACUCAAGGGAGCCAUAUUGACCACUUUGCUGGUCACAAGAAACUUCUCAGCAGCCAAAAGUCUGCUCAACAAGAAUAAAGAUGGCGUUAAGGUCAACAACAAAGCCAACACAGUGACCAGUCCUAAAGACACUGGCCCUGCCCCUGCACUGGAACCACAGACAACCGUGAUCCACAACCCAGUGGAUGGAAAUAAGGAGUCCAUUGAGAGUGCGAACACCACCAUAGAGGACGAGGAUGUGAAAGCGAUCCGCCUGGGCAGCUUAGUGAGCGGUAUCUUGAGCUCUAAGAGCCGUUCCUCACAGAUGUCUGACUCAAGGCAGACUCCCACUUCCUCAGUUCAGACCUGCACCAAUAACAAUAAAGCCCGCAAACAGGAGAUUAUCAAAGUCACUGAGCAGCUGAUUGAGUCUAUCAACAACGGAGACUUUGAGUCCUAUGCUAAGAUUUGUGAUCCUGGUCUAACUUCCUUUGAGCCGGAGGCCCUGGGCAACCUGGUGGAAGGACACGACUUUCAUCGCUUUUACUUUGAAAAUGCUCUGUCCAAAGGGAAUAAACCAGUGCACACCAUCCUCCUGAACCCACAUGUGCACCUCAUUGGGGAAAACGCAGCGUGUAUUGCCUACAUCCGACUGACCCAGUACAUGGACGGCGCCGGCAUGCCCCGCACCAUGCAGUCUGAGGAGACCCGCGUGUGGCACCGCCGCGAGGGCAAGUGGCAGAACAUCCACUUCCACCGCUCGGGCUCGCCCAGCAUCCCGUCCCAGUAAGAGACAUUAAUGGGAUAUCAACAUGUGUUCAAAAAAAGAAAAAAAAAAUCCCAUCAGCAAAUCUAGCGGGGGAGUCAACUAGCCAACCCAUGACUGCCCUCCUUUGACCCUUCUAUAAGGACAUGACAUCGCACAGGACACAAGUAUCAAUACGUUUUACUGUUACAGCAUUUUAUUAAUGGACAUCAUUCGAAUCCACCGCUGGGUGGCUGCACACAGUAUUUGGACAUUAUGAAACAAGCAUAUUGACAGCAUAUUUUUUGUUUGUUUUUUAAGAUGUUUUGGUAUGCAUUUUAAAUAUAAAAAUAGAGAUGUUUAAAAAUCUACUACUGUAACCUCUCCCAAAAAUUAGUUCUGUAUUUUUAUGUGUAUUUAUGUGUGUGCAAUACGAAAAAAAAAAAUCAAAAAAAACAUUUGGAAGAUCAGAAUGUUAAAAUUAAGCUUGCUUUAGUUCUGGUGAUGUAUAUACAUUGUGAUUGUUGAUCAAAAACAACCAUUGAAAUUGCUAUUCUUGCUAACAGAGGAAUUAAGAGUUUAAAUCCAAUCCAGUUUAUGAGCUACAUUUAUGUUUGCUAUGAGCUAAGUCAUACUGUUUGAAUCGUCCGGUUACAACCUAUAAUACUAAUUUACAUGUAAAGAAAAGCAGAGCAGCUUACACUUUGCAUUGACAUAUGUUUGCCUUUAUAUCAGUGAAAUAAGAAAUAAGAGAAUGUAGCAUAUAUGUAAUAUAUGAAAAUCCAAGACUAUUGUGUAGUGCAUGGGGGGGAAUAUUGUAAGUAAGAUCAUAUGAAACUAUAAUAUCUUCUAUUUGAUUUGUGAAUCACUGACUUGUUUGUUUGCAUUCGUUAAUGUUGUGCAUCGGUCCUGUCCCUGAUGUUUCUAAUGUCCUCCAGUAUCAUGGAACUGUUGUGAAAACAAUAACACACUUAUGGUUAACAUCCAGCGUAAAUAUCUGAACCUCAUAUCUUAGAAAGAGGAAAAAUAAACUCCUGGUUGCCGAAGCACCCUUUGCAUUUUGUAUAAAAAUGAGGUGUAAAUGAGCUCAUUUUUCAUAAUGUUUGUACUUGUAUUGUAUGACUGUGUGUAGGGUUUCUGUUGUCAUUUUAUUCUCGUCAUUUUCCAGUGUGUUACGUCGCCAAUUGCACAGAGAAGGUGGAGAUGAUGAAGAAGGAGCUAAGGCACUCUAGUCUCUACUUUUCAGUUCUAACCUGUCGGUUGGGCUAGUGAGUCUGGAAGCGUCUUAAAAGCGUUGGAUUGAAGGUUGUUGCAGUCAGGCGAGAGGAUGGUAUGACAGCAGCAGGAGGAGCCAAUGAGAGUUGGACUGCAAUAAAUGUUGGGAUGUCUUCCUCGACGAUCAGUGCUUCUUCUAACAGCCGGUGGUUUCCUCACCGCUGCAGGACAAUGCCAGUGUCUUCGUCAUCCUUACCGUUUGCUCUUUUCAAUUGGUCGGUCUCUUUUAUAAGGGGAAAAUAUGAUAAACAUUUCUUUUGACGAAACGUAUGAUGUCAAUGCAAUGCACCACUCCUUACAUGGUGUGUACCUGUUGCCAGCACGGCAAUGGAUGGCUUAAACAUGUUUAAGAAAUAAAUAAAUCAGCUACAAGGUGUGAUAAUGAA